CGUCCCACAGCCGGCUCCAGCCGCUCCGCCAGCCCUUGCGCACCCGCCGCCGCCUGCAGCAGGAGGAGCAGAGGUGGGAGGAGGAGGAGGAGGAGGAGGAAGGCAGCAGCCCGCCCGCAUCGGGGCACGCACGUGUGCGCGCAGACCUCGACGGCCGCCCUCCAGCAUGCUGCUCGGAGCCGCGCAGGGCAGAGAGCCGGAGAGGAGCUGAUCGCUGCCGCGGGAGAAGAGCAGAGCAGGAGCGGCUCCGCGGAAUCCUCCGUGCGCCCGUCCCGUCCCGUCCGACCCCCAGUCGCUUCGCCGAGGGAGCGGCAGUCCCGCAGCAUGGGCGGCCGCAGCCCCCUCGCUGCCGGCGGGCCCCGCGGCGCCGCUGUCCUGGUGCUGCUGCUGGGGCGCCUCGCUCUGUGCCUCGCCGUGGAGGGAAAGAAAGUUUGUCAAGGGACAAAUAACAAGCUGACCCAACUGGGACAUGUGGAAGACCAUUUCACCAGCCUGCAGAGGAUGUACAACAAUUGUGAGGUGGUACUCAGCAACCUGGAGAUUACAUAUGUGGAGCACAAUCGUGACCUCUCUUUCCUGAAGACAAUACAGGAGGUUGCAGGCUAUGUGCUCAUCGCACUUAACAUGGUGGAUGUCAUUCCCCUUGAAAACCUCCAGAUCAUCCGAGGCAAUGUGCUAUAUGACAACUCUUAUGCCCUGGCAGUUUUAUCCAACUACCACAUGAAUAAAACCCAGGGACUCCGACAGCUGCCAAUGAAGCGACUUUCAGAAAUUCUCAAUGGAGGUGUUAAAAUCAGCAACAACCCCAAACUGUGCAACAUGGACACUGUUCUUUGGAAUGACAUCAUUGACACAAACAAGAAGCCUCCCACAGUGCUUGAAUUUGCGAGCAACCUGUCUUCUUGUCCCAAAUGCCACCAGAACUGCACAGAAGACCACUGCUGGGGCCCUGGUGAACAAAACUGCCAGACAUUAACAAAAGUAAUCUGUGCUCAGCAGUGCUCUGGUCGGUGCAGGGGAAAGGUGCCCAGCGACUGCUGCCACAACCAGUGUGCUGCAGGAUGCACUGGCCCUCGGGAGAGUGACUGCCUGGCAUGCCGCAAGUUUCGGGAUGAUGCUACGUGCAAGGAUACGUGUCCCCCAUUGGUCCUGUAUAACCCCACCACCUACCAGAUGGAUGUGAACCCUGAAGGAAAAUACAGCUUCGGAGCCACUUGUGUGAAGGAAUGUCCACACAACUAUGUGGUUACAGACCACGGCUCCUGCGUUCGCUCGUGCAACGCUGAUACUUAUGAAGUGGAAGAAAAUGGUGUUCGGAAGUGUAAAAAGUGUGAUGGGCUAUGCAGCAAAGUGUGCAAUGGCAUUGGAAUAGGUGAACUUAAAGGGAUUCUCUCCAUAAAUGCCACAAAUAUCGACUCCUUCAAAAACUGUACCAAGAUCAAUGGGGAUGUCAGCAUUCUUCCAGUUGCAUUUCUAGGUGAUGCCUUUACGAAGACCCUACCUUUGGAUCCCAAGAAGUUGGAUGUCUUCAAAACAGUCAAAGAAAUAUCAGGAUUUUUGUUGAUUCAAGCCUGGCCUGAGAAUGCUACUGAUCUCUAUGCUUUCGAAAAUCUGGAGAUUAUACGAGGCAGAACAAAGCAGCAUGGCCAGUAUUCCCUUGCUGUUGUUAACUUGAAAAUACAGUCCCUAGGGCUGCGGUCCCUCAAGGAAAUAAGUGAUGGAGAUGUUGCCAUUAUGAGGAACAAGAACCUCUGCUAUGCUGACACCAUGGACUGGUACAGCCUGUUUGCAACUGAGAGCCAGAAAACGAAGAUUUUACAGAACAGAGAUAAAAAUGAAUGUGCUGCUGCCAAGCAUGUUUGUGACCCACUGUGCUCAGAUGUAGGUUGCUGGGGCCCAGGGCCCUUCCACUGCUUCUCCUGCAGGUUUUUUGAUCGUCAGAAGGAAUGUGUGAAACAGUGCAACAUCUUGCAAGGGGAGCCAAGAGAAUUUGAAAAGGACUCCAAGUGCCUCCCCUGCCACCCUGAGUGCCUGGUGCAAAACUCCACCAUGUACAAUGCAACCUGCACUGGACCUGGCCCUGACAAUUGCAUGAAGUGUGCCCAUUUUAUAGAUGGUCCCCACUGUGUGAAAUCCUGCCCAGCAGGGGUUCUGGGCGAGAAUGACACCCUCGUCUGGAAAUAUGCUGAUGGGGAUAAUGUUUGCCAGCUCUGCCAUCCAAACUGCACCCGGGGGUGCAAAGGGCCAGGUCUUGAAGGCUGUCCAAAUGGCUCCAAGAUCCCCUCCAUCGCAGCCGGCGUUGUCGGAGGCCUCCUGUGCCUGGUGGUGGUGGGCCUGGGCAUCGGCCUGUACCUGCGGAGACGCCACAUCGUCAGGAAGCGCACUCUGCGCCGGCUGCUGCAGGAGAGGGAGCUUGUUGAACCACUGACACCCAGCGGGGAGGCACCAAACCAGGCUCAUCUGAGAAUUUUAAAAGAAACAGAGUUUAAAAAGGUCAAAGUUUUAGGCUCUGGAGCUUUUGGCACUGUUUAUAAGGGACUUUGGAUCCCAGAAGGAGAGAAGGUUAAAAUUCCUGUUGCUAUUAAAGAGUUGAGAGAGGCUACAUCACCAAAAGCCAACAAGGAAAUACUUGAUGAAGCUUAUGUGAUGGCUAGUGUUGACAAUCCUCAUGUGUGUCGCUUGUUGGGAAUCUGCCUCACUUCAACUGUUCAGCUCAUCACACAGCUGAUGCCUUAUGGCUGCCUCCUGGAUUACAUCCGAGAGCACAAGGACAACAUCGGCUCUCAGUACCUUCUCAACUGGUGUGUGCAGAUUGCAAAGGGCAUGAACUAUCUGGAGGAACGGCGCCUGGUGCACCGUGACCUUGCUGCCAGGAACGUCCUUGUUAAGACUCCUCAACAUGUGAAAAUCACAGACUUUGGGCUGGCAAAGCUGCUCGGUGCAGAUGAGAAGGAAUAUCAUGCUGAGGGAGGCAAGGUUCCUAUUAAAUGGAUGGCAUUGGAGUCAAUUUUACACCGGAUUUACACUCAUCAAAGUGACGUCUGGAGUUAUGGUGUGACAGUCUGGGAACUGAUGACAUUUGGGUCCAAGCCGUAUGAAGGGAUCCCUGCCAGUGAGAUCUCCUCAGUCCUGGAGAAGGGCGAGCGUUUGCCACAGCCCCCCAUCUGUACCAUCGACGUGUACAUGAUCAUGGUCAAAUGCUGGAUGAUUGAUGCAGACAGCCGUCCCAAGUUUCGUGAGUUGAUAGCUGAAUUCUCAAAAAUGGCCCGUGAUCCUCCACGCUAUCUUGUUAUACAGGGAGAUGAUAGGAUGCACCUGCCCAGCCCUACAGACUCCAAGUUUUAUCGCACCCUGAUGGAGGAGGAGGACAUGGAAGAUAUUGUGGAUGCGGAUGAGUACCUCGUGCCACACCAGGGUUUUUUCAACAGCCCUUCAACAUCUCGCACACCUCUCCUGAGUUCAUUGAGUGCUACCAGCAACAACUCUGCUACAACGUGCAUUGACAGGAAUGGGCAGGGGCACCCUGUGCGAGAAGACAGCUUUGUUCAGAGGUAUAGCUCAGACCCAACAGGCACUUUCUUGGAGGACAGCAUUGAUGACAGCUUCCUACCAGCCCCAGAAUAUGUAAACCAAUUGGUGCCCAAGAAAGCGUCUGCCUCAGCAGUCCAGAAUCCAAUUUACAACAACUUCUCUCUCACAGCAAACUCAAAGAUCCCCACAGACUCCAGCUACCAGAAUUCACACAGCACAGCUGUGGACAACCCCGAGUAUCUCAAUACCAACCAGUCUCCCCUGGCCAAGACAGUCUUUGAGAGCUCUCCCUACUGGAUCCAGGCAGGCAACCACCAAAUAAACCUGGACAAUCCUGACUACCAGCAGGACUUCUUACCGAAGGAAACUAAACCUAAUGGUCUCCUGAAAGUUCCCGCAGCAGAAAACCCAGAGUACUUGAGGGUAGCAGCACAAAAAAGUGAAUACAUUGAAGCCUCAGCAUGACCAUAGGGAAUUUCUUCUUGCAGCAAGGCAAGCUGGAUAAGUGAACUGUUGGCUGCUGCAAGAGUGGACUCUGGCUUAGAGCAAAUGGCAACCACAAUGCAUCAAAAAGCACCUCUGCUUUUCAGCAUGGGGCUUUGAAACUGCAAAUUCAAAGCUACUGUCUGAUGGUAGUUUGGGUCUUUCCUUGCCCAUUUCCAUGUAAUAGAGGCCCAUAGCCUGCGCUUGAAUACAUGUUGGGAUGGAGCAGGAUCUUCCUGGACUGAAGAAAUAUGGAUGCAUUCCUUUCAUUUUCAAAUGGUAGCAUGGUAUAAAACCACUCUGGGAUGAACUUGAGAGCUGUACACAUUGUACAGUCAAAUUCCUUUAUACAAUCUGUAUUUUUAUAAAUGUUUCUAACAGAAUUUUUUGGAUCUUUUACAAGAUCAGAUGCUUGUACUGCUCGUCUGCUAAGUGUUGCUCAGAUCACCAGCAGGAAAAAGAAUCAUGUUCCAAAUCUCCUGGAACUGAAACUGUAAUUCCAAACCAUCAGACUUUUACAAAUUGGCUCCAUAUACUGCCUUUUGGCCCAAAGGUGAGAAGUGUAUCUGAGGGAUGCAUGGGCAAUUCUGCCCAGGGCAGUAUGAAGAGGAUUGGCCUGAGGAAAACUAGCACAAGGAGCGAAAUGGCACAAUGCAUCACCUGCUGACCACUACUGCUACAAACUGACAAGAGGAACAGGCCUCCAAGUCACCUACACAUGAUUAUAAAGCGCUCACUAGUCUGUUUUCUGAUGGUCAAACCCAAGAUUUUUUUUUGUUCUGAUCCCUUAUGCAGCUGUCAAGUUGUCAAAAUGCCUUUCUUCCAUAACAAAACUGUUAAAGAUGUUGCCGUAACUGAAAAAUGAAGUGUCAGAUAAUGUUUAACAGAUUUUGAUUAAAUGCCAAGGAAAUGCAAAUAGGGGCAAAUUGGAGCACUCAUGAGACAGACUGGAAGAACUCUACUAAAUUAAAAUUGACUAAGGCAAGAAACACAGGUAGCUCUAGCUGAGCAGCUUUAUUUCCCUUUCUAAAGGGGCUCAAAGCAGAAAUAAUUUUCCUUUAUACAUUUUACAAAGAAAAGGGGUAUCUAAGUAGUACACUUCACACACUUCAAGGCAAAAUACUGCCAAUUGUUGUCCCAUACUGGGGCAGGGGCUUGGGAUGGUUACAUGCCCCUUUGGGGUUAAUAUCCUUGCAAUGCAGGAGUAGCAGUGAAAAUGAAUUAAGGAAAGAAAGAAUAAUCUGGAGUGAUGGAAAAUAUUAUCUCCCUCUUCUGAAACACAGGGUUGCCUACUGCUUCUUUGAAAUAAGCAGCAUCAUCUUCUGGUUAUUAGUGUGGUAUAGGCAGGCAAUGCAAGACUAAGAUGUUGGCUUGGUGAUGUAAAUCAGUCCCAGCAGCAAAGGCAGCUGCUCUUUACAGUGACCUAUAAAAUUAUUCCAUCAUUAACAUUUCUUAUGAAUGUAGGAGGAGUAAAGUGCCUAAAGUAUAAAUUUAGUCAGUCCUUUAGAUGCAUCCCACCAGCAGCUUGGCAGUGCUAUUUUAAUCAAACCACUAGACUAGAAAGAAAAUUCUCAUUUGUGGACAAAGACCCUUAACUAGUUGAAUGUUGGCAACUUGCUUGAGCGUAGCAAAGACAGCUGAUUUGGAGAGGAUCUGUAGUCUUAAUAUAAAGUAGCAACAAACAGUCAGAUUUAUGCUGCUGCUGUAUUUUGAAUACAUCAUUAUGUGUUUCAGUUUCACUAUUGCAUCUGAAGGCCAGGAUCAAGCAGCAAAUACUUAGAACACUUUUUACAGAUUUACUGAGGAAAGGAGACCUUCUGUCACAUGAAAUUAACCCUUUUUUUAAGUAACGUGCAUUAGCAGUUUGUGUGUGCACAGCUCAUGGAUCCCACUACAGUACAGGCAUGUUGGGUCAGAAUCCAGAGAUUGUUCUGUUUGGUAGAUGUGUCUCACCAUGACCAAGUCCCAGAAACAGCAGUGUGGAAGAUGCAAUGUUUGACUUGGAUUAUCAGUGGUUUGUAUUUAAAACGGUAACCAAAAUUGAGUUCCCACAACCAAUUAGCAGCAGAUUUCUCUUUGCAUUCCUGGGAGCAGAUUUGUUGUGUUGCUGUCACAAGUGUGCAACAUGUGCGCACAGGCAGUGCUGCUUUUCCCCACCCACUGUCCUGGCAGAAAUGUACAUAAAACUAAAAAAAGAUCUGAACAGAAUUCACAGAUAAUUUUUCAAUUUGCUGAAUCUGUUAUGUCUAAAAGCAGAACACUAGAAAAUCACAUAGUGCACAUUCUCCCACAGAAUCUUUCAAACACUACUGCGCAAAGGAAUUUACUGAUUUUAAUCUCUUUAAUCUUUUAGCUAAAACAAGAAAGCCACUGAGAAAUAGCAAUGUGUAUCACCAGCAUUAUGUAGCAUGAAAAAAGUAUGAAAGAGGAUGUAAGACCACAAACUGUUGAUACAAAUGUAGAUUCCAGAUUGGUCGGAUCAGCUAUAUAUUGUGAAGUAUUUCUGGUAAAUAGGCAUCCUGUAAACCAUGAUUUGUAAGUUGGCAGCUCAGUAAUGAUUCAAAAACCAGCAGAAAAAACCCCAAAAAAACUAGGUAGUGCCUGCAGGGACAGAUACAGGGGAGCAGAUGGGACUGUGCAGCGACUGGCUGUGGCUGGAAGCACAGGUGCUAUACAGUGUGAUGCUCACAGGGUAACAGACAAUAGCAGCAUACUAAAUCAUUUCCACCAGGGUAAAAAAAGAAAAAGAAGAAAAAAACAACAAAAACAAACAAAAAAACCAACCAACCAACCAAACAAAAACCCACUCAUAAACUCCAAACAAACAGGCAGCAGAAAUGUCCUGUCUUCCCUUUGCAGUUCACUGCACAUUAAACAGCAAGGAAACCCCAGCAGAUUAUAGGUGCUCAUACAGGAGAACAUGGUUAAGCAGCAUAAAUCAACAUCCAGAAAUAACUUGAAAGGUCAGCUAGAGGUGUGGGUAGAAAAGGCUUUUAAAGACACAGCUAAAUAGGGAAAUGUAGCUUUCCCUACAAUGCUACAUUCUAGAAGCUAACAGUCCUACCACUUGAGAAAGAUAAAAUUUCCCUUUUUACUGUAUUUCUUAUGGAAUGCAAAAUAAAACACAAGUUAGUUCUUAGUAUCUAUCAUAAAACAGUAGUUACUACAGAACUCCUUUUGCAAGAAUAAUUUAGGACUUCAAAGUGUAUGAAAAUGUAAGUUAAAUCAAGAGUCUUCAUCUUACUUUAAUGUCUUCCAGUGAUUGUGUGCAGUGUCAGUGCACUUGAUUUUGUUGUAGGCCUUGGGUUGUUUUCUUCUGCUGCAGAGGGAGUCGACCUGGGAAAUUUUCUUCAUGUUGCAAUUGAUUUUGUCAAGUAAAUUCAUCCAGAGGACAGGGGCUUGCUUUUGUUCCCAGCUGGCAGUCAACAGUGAAGUUAGCUUUUUUAGAGAGAGCCGUUGGAACUAGAUGGUUUCUGGAAUGCCUCAGGGUGAUGCCCCAUCCCACCAAGCUCACCACAACUUGAAGCAUGCCCUAGCAUUAGAAAAUGUGGUCCUGUGGCUUGUUUGAAAGGAAGAGGCUUGUAAAGGGAGAGUAAUGCCAGGGAAGGGCUGCAGCUGACCAGUCCAUACCUAAGAAGAUGCUGAGUUUGCACGUGCACAUCACCGAGGUCACUGGCUGUUUCUGCAGGUAUGGGUGCUCCUGUCCCUGAUUCCAGCUUGGUGUCGAGGGGGUUGCAGAGAUUGUUUGUGCAAAAACCAAUAUACAUGGCAUUCAUACUAUGGGGGUAUCGCUUCUCUUCCCUGGGGGACAUAGUUAGGGUUACAACAAUGUCACCAGGACCCCAAACUUCAAGCUUGUUUCAACAAGCUUGAAGAAGUCCCACCACAAGGUGCCUUGGGUGUUCUUGGUCUGUCAGCGGGUGCUCCAGGCUGCCAUGAAGAGGGUUUGCAUUUCCAGACAAGCACUCAUUCUUCACAUUCAGGGUACAAUGUUCUCUGUUAGUUUGACCACUGCCUCUCAAAUGGGCAGUUAUGGUACUCUGGCCAUUGUUUCCCCCAAUGUUUCUCUAUGAGAAAACAUCUGAAUUAGGACAAACAAUGGAAAUGUACCUGUGUCCUCCUUCCGAGUGGAAACUGUAUACUUGUGAAAUGUCAGGUUCUGUGUAUAACACUUAGCAAGAGUGCUUUGUAAUGUUUUAUCACCACUGGUUGAAAUUUUUAUAUUGGGAUCCCAUUUUCUAGCUUGCUUCUUAUAAGUGUUCUCUCUUUGUUCUGACAUACAAUUUUCAAGGACCCUUUUUAAAUAAUAAAGAAAAUAAUAGAAAAAAAAAGUUUAUAGAAAAGAAAAACUUGACACUUUCAAAGUAGCUUGUCACAUGGGCUGUAUUAGGACCAAAGAUUUAACGUCUUGUUUUCUUGCUUUAAAGAAAUAAGGUAUUGAUCACCACUCCCACAGCCUCUUUUUAUAGAGAGGAGCUACAGAGCUCCACCCUUCCUUGGGGCAGAGUCAGACCUCCACUGAGCCAAGAGAGUUUGGCAGGAUUUUGAGGCCUGUCCAUAAAAAACCAAACUGAAUAUCAGGACUAUGUAUCACUUCAGGGCCAAACCUACAACCUCUGCUCUUUAUUUCACUUAACGCAGUAUCUAAACAGAGCCACAGCCAAGAGAAAAAAAAAAAGAAGCAAAUACAUGAUAUUUUGGCUCAGUGUCAGGAAGAAAUAUGAUGAUGUGAAGAUGAGACAUGAUGAAAUAACUUUUUUAUGUGAGGAAGUACGUAGGCAGGCAGUGAGACUUUAAAACAGUUACACUUUUGGCUAUGUAUUACUUCAAUUAUGCAGGGGAGUUGAAAUCACAGAGCUUCCAUGAUAUGCUUUGCUUUCUGCCAUGUCUCCUGCCUGUGUCUGAUGUCUGGUGUUAGGCAGAUCACCACAUCUAUUACCGUGGCCCUGAAUUGCUGGUUGGUGCAACCCCUUCUUUUUAUACAGGAGGAGAAAAGUGCAGUCAUAGUUGGCUGUACCACAGUUAGUGGUCAAGUUAAGCCUUCAACAGCAUCCAAAAAUUGAUUUCACAAGGGAAAAAAUUAGUAACUGAAGACCUACGUGGCAAAAGUCACAGCACUUGUUGUACGGAUUAAGUCAGCAGUUAGAAGGCUGAACACAUUCAGCCAGGAUUUGGGGCUGGGCCUUUAUCAACUUUGCUGUCAUCUUCUAACAUGGUGCAGAUGGAACUGUCUGGAUGUGCAGCAGCACAGGUCCUAUGGUCUCUUUCUAACUCACUUUGAAGUAAUGGAUUUUUCUGAUUAAUAAGGUGAAAACCAGAAAUCAAAAAUGCUUCUAACAACUGGACUGGUAGAAGGUGUUCCUACACAGCCAAUACAGUACAUCAUUUCCAGUCAGGCUGGAAUUUAUCCAGACUAUUCUCCUUACCUCCCAUAAGCUAGCUGGAGAGUGUGCGUUUGCAACCACCAUCCAUGUUAUCCUCAUAUUUUGUUAAAGGGAAUAUUCAAAGUAGUUGUCUACAAUGGUAGGAGGCUUGGCUCACAUACCUACACUGCUUUUUUAAUCCUGCAUUCCUAAUAGUGUUCUCCUUGAAAUUAAUGGAUGUUGAAAUUGAUUACACUGAGAGUAUAAAACAAGGCUAAUGUUGAGUGAUUUUUGAAAAUCCCUCACAAUAAUCAGAGAUCUUAUGGAUCCAUUGCCCAUUUUAGGCUGCUUUGUAUUGAUGCAAUCAUCUGAAUAUAAGGUAUGAUGACUGUCAAGCAAUAUAUCCAUAGAUACAGAUGGUACCCUCACAGCAUUGUAAAGUUACUCAACUAUGAAAGCACUAUUUGUAAAAUAAGAAACUCUUGACUUUUAUAUGGUUUAAUGGUUUAUACUGUUGAUCAAACACUGUUUGUAUAUGAGCAAUGAAAAAUGAGGUGUAUAUUAUUCUUUUUAAUUGUUUUUAAUUUUUGGAGGACUUUUAUUGUAAUGUACUGUUGUAUUUGGGGGUAACAAAAAGCAGUGGCUAGCUUGUAGCUUGUAGCCAGAGGAGAGCUCACAGUAAGGGUUCUUUGUUGAUGGACUUAGAUUUAUUUUUCUGGUAAUAUUCAUCACCUUGGGGAUUUAUCCAGAGCUUAGUGAACCUAAGUAACAGCACUCUUUCCUCUCUUCAAGACUCUUUGACUCUCUGCAUGCAUAGUGCUGGAGUUCCAUAAUGUGAGCAAUAAUACAGGCAACCCGUGUGACCAAUGGAAGUGCAAUAUGAAAGCCCAUGUGCUGCUUAUCAGGGCCCUAAAAAAAUCUGCUCUUUUACGCAUCAGGUUCCCACUCCACUUCCAUGACAAGAGCAGAAGCAGAAUGAAAACAAUCCCUCAAAAGCUGAUCCAUGUGGCAUAUGAGGCCAUAGUGUUAGCCGUCUCCAAAGUGCAUAGCUAAGGCAAAAUAGAGUCUCAACCAGAGUCACAGUGAUUACUUAAAUUGUUGUACUAUACUAGGCAGGAAGAGAAAUUCUGUUAGCAAAGUGAAGCCCCAGUGUACCCUGAGUAUGGGUGUUUAAUAUCCAACUGGGGAAGCAUGUGACAGACAAAGAUUAAAGGAAUUGCAGGCUCUUCAACAUAACAGAGGAAAAUACACUACAUUGGCAAGACAGUAAAGAAGAGAGUAGUUGGAACUGUCAGUAUGCAUUCAGCCUGGAUAGGUCCCUGGUAUCACAAUUAGUAAACAAAAUAAUUUUUGUCUUUAUAGAUGAAUUUUGUACACAGGGGAAAAAUAAAAAGCCGUAACAACACCUUUUUAAUUUUCGUCUUUCCAUCCAGACCCUUCUAGUACAUAGGCUGCAUGUUUUACCAGCUCGACCUAUUUUAUGCAGAAAUUAUGUAGUCUUAAUCUUCAUAUUACUGGUUCUCAGAAAUGUCUAAUGCGUAUUAAUGCAUGAUAUUUUUAUUUUAAUAAAAGUAAUUAAAUAAA